UUUUUUGGUUAUUAUUUGUAUAUUGAAUACUGCACUGUUGGGUAAGCCUCGCAAGUUUAGAAUUUCACUGUACUGUACUAAAUCUUCAAACUUGAACUAGAGAGAGGCGGGUCGUUGAGUUGGCACUCUGCCCAGUAGUCAUACCGUUUGUGUUCCAUGGAACUCCACCACGAAACCCCCCCCACUUAAACUCUGCAUAAAGAGUGGACAAACUAUUCGGACUCAAACAAACCGACUAACACGACUCCUGAUGUAUCUGAGGAGAGGAGAGAAGAGGAAAGGAGAGGAGAAAAGAGAAGUGACUUUUAAUGACGUCAUAGUUUAUACUAUCUUGGGUGUCUUGACUGGACUUACUCAGAAGACUCCAGAUGUGUGUAGUUAGAGUUAAGGGACUUCUAACAAUAAUCUACCAGUACUGUAGUAUCUGAUAACAACACAGCAAAGGUCUACAGGCAGACACUAUUUGUCCCACGAACGAUGUACAACAGAAUGCAGGAGCACGCUCUGACAGAAUGACAACUCCGUGGCUUGAAACGUCCCACUCGCUCGACUACACCCUUCCGCCAGUGAUCAUUCACCUUGGUAACCACACGACGACAGCAUUGAAUAGCAACCAGUCCUGUAGUGGUGAUGACGAGAUCUUUAAGUACCGAGCCUAUACUGUCACCUACCUACUGGUGUUCCCUAUGGCGUUUCUUAGCAACAUUGGAGCGCUGUUUGUGUUCCUGCGACUGAUGCCCAAACGGUCUGCGUCCUCUGUCCUCAUGACCAAUCUCGCCCUAUCAGAUGCAUGCUUCUCCCUCACCCUGCCGCUGCGAUUGGCCUACUACUUCAGAGGCGCUCGCUGGGACCUUCCUGAUUGGCUGUGCCGACUGUGUGUGUUUUGCUUCUAUCUCAACCUAUACACCAGCGUUCUCUUCCUUACUGGACUGAGCGUGCUCCGUUGGCUGGCCGUGCUGAAGCCUCUCCGUCAUCGAGCCUUGGCCACGCCCCUUCGUGCCUUAUUGGCUUGCUUGGGCAUUUGGCUGUUUGUGGGCGGAGCUUCAGUCCCAUUCCUGUUUUCGGGGACCAGGGUGAGGGCGGGACUAACACGCUGCUUCGAGCCACGUAACCCUGCCUCCUGGAAGAUGAUCUUCGUUCUCAACUACGUGGGCAUGACAUUCGGCUUCCUGAUCCCAUUCAUCACCAUCCUCGGUUGCUACGGCUGCAUCAUCCACCGACUGACAGCUACGGCCUCGUCAGCAUUAGGGUUGACUGGUAGCCUGAACAGGAACAAGAUACGUAACCAGGGGAGACGUCGUCGCCGGCGCCGGUCUCUGCGUCUGGUCGCCAUGGUGAUCUGCACAUUCCUGCUGUGCUUUCUGCCUUAUCACGUGGCUCGCUCACUGCACCUGCAUGCGGUGGUGGGCAGGUGGGGCUGUGUUGCUACGGUGACACUGCAGCGGGUGUUGGUGGUGACGCUGUGUCUGGCGGCGGCCAAUAGUGUGGUUAACCCUCUAUUGUACUACUACUCUGGGGAGUCCUUUAGAGCGGUCAUACGCAGCGCCUCGUCACGACAACGGUCCUUCUCCUCCUCCUUCACUCAGGGCAGCCUGCUGCUCUCUCGCAGAAAGAAGACCACAAUGCCUACAACACCAACAAUGCGAGACUCACCCCUCGCUCCACCCUUAACCCUUCCUGGGUCCCUACCAGACACAGCCAUUGCUCCACCCCUAACCCUUCCUGGGUCGCUACCAGACACAACCCUCGCUCCACCCCGAACCCUUCCUGGGUCCCUACCAGACACACCCCUCGCUCCACCCCUAACCCUUACUGGGUCCCUACCAGACACACCCCUCGCUCCACCCCUAACCCUUCCUGGGUCCCUACCAGACACACCCCUCGCUCCACCCCUAACCCUUCCUGGGUCCCUACCAGACACACCCCUCGCUCCACCCCUAACCUUUCCUGGCUCCCUACCAGACACACAAAGCUGGGUGGAAGAUAGGUUUUGAACCCUUUAAAGACUAUUUCCCCUAUAGCCCACCUCUACUUACAGACACUGAGACCUGAACCCCUAGCUACACUCUCCAGAAUCAGCGACACUUUGCUGCACAUGUAAAAUGGAGCCCUGAGGCCUGAACCAGAACCCCACACACACACACCCACACAAUAACCCUUAGGUUUCCGAGGCACUUUGUGGGUGUGCUCUCUGUUAUUUCCAUUCCCGCUGUGGGUGUGCUCUCUGUUAUUUCCAUUCCAUCCACAGGUGCCGGGCCUACUUUUGUUUGAUUGUUUAUUAUCCCAGUGUUAAUCAUUACACUCUUCAUAGAUGUUUCAUAUAGGUCGAAAACAGUGUUGCACAAGUCCCACAGACUCACAUUUGUAGGUUAAAUGUAAUAAUAUCUUCAGUUGAUCAUAGUGACUGACAAUUGUUGCCUAGAUAAUACAUAUUUUGUUUUUUCCUUGACAUUGAAGUAACGAAUAACUAUAUUUGAUGCAAGAGCUUCGAACACCAUUGUGCGCCUCACAAAAGACCUCAUCCAACAUCAAGAGGCUCUUGUCCAGUUUGACAUUGCAUAGAAAGUUAGCAGGACCAUUGGAGAGCAGGCAGACCUCAUGCAGAGAUUUGAUAAAGACUGUUGGCUGAAGCCAGAGUCUGGAAAGGACUCAAUCAAGGACAUCUCAGGACAUCAACCAUAUAGUAAGUGUGCUUCUUGAUCAGGUGUGUACCUGAUCAAGAUUACUUUGACACCUGUCAGGUUUUACCAAAGCUUCCAGAACAUCCAAAUUAACCUGUUGUGCAAAUUGGACUAUGAGAAACUAGUGUUGUGGAUCAGCAACCACAAACUGAAAUUACACCGUGAGAAGAACAAACUGUCUGCUCAUUUGGCACGCAGACAGAGGCCCAAAGUUGACAGUUGAUUUCAGCUGUAGUGCUGAGACCCAAGAAUAUAAAUUGUUAUUUUAAAUGCCACAGUUAGAGAAGUAAUGUAAGAAAUGGGAAAGAAUAAGUAGUACUGAAACCAAUGACAAUGUAGACUCACAAAAUGUGUAUUUAUUUUUAUAAUGUUCAGUGGCGUGUAUUCAUGGUUGCCAAGGGAAGCCAGACUUCCCACAAAAAAUUUUACCAAAAAAUAAAUAAUUAAUUUAU